ACAAACAGCCCCUUAGAGAUAUAAAGGGGAGAGAGAAAGAGCUGCUCCUCUCACUCCGAGGAAUGCUUCCACUUUUCCGGCGAAUCGACCGCCCAUUCUCCCGUUUCCUUUUCUCGUGCUCUCACCACAGAACCCUAGUAACCUCCUCCUCAUCAGUCGACUCCCGUGCUGGCGCACCUCCCGUUGCCGUCUUCUGGGAUCUCGACAACAAGCCCCCAAAAUCUAUCCGUGCCUACGACGCCGCUGUUCGCCUCCGCCUUGCCGCCUCCUCCCUCGGUCCCCUCCGCUUCGUCGCCGCUUACGCCACCCCCCAAGAAUUCCGGCACGUCCCCGCCCCCGUCGGUACCUCUCGGCUAGAGGAGUCGGUCCCUUCCGACCACUACAUCUGCCGCGUUUGCGGUCGCAAUUUUUUCGUCCAUUCUAGGCUCCUCAAUCACUUCAAAAUGCACGAGCGCGAGCAUGCGAAGCGCCUCCGCCGACUUGACUCCGCCACCGGUGGCCGCUAUGUCCGCCUGAAAGCCCAGCUCAAUUUAAAGAUGGACAAAUACAGGAAAGUGGCGAGGGAGAUUCUGAUACCUAGGGUCGGGUAUGGCUUCGGAGACGAGCUCCAGCGUGCUGGCGUUUCCGUAAGGAUUGUGGAGGAUCGGCCGGGAGCAGCCGAUCGGGCGCUGAAGGAGCACAUGGUGGAGACUAUGGAUAGGCGAAGAGUUGGCUGCUUGGUUUUGGUUUCAGAUGACACUGGGUUUAUGGGAGUUAUCAGGGAGGCAAGGAUGAGGUGCUUGAAGACGGUGGUGAUGGGGGAUGACGGGAAUGGGGCGCUUAAGAGAUGCGCUGAUGCUUCUUUCUCUUGGAAGGAGGUAGUUUCCGGGAAGGCAAGGAAGAACGCGGCUUCAGCUGUGCUGAAGUGGAAUGACAAGGAUUUGCUUAGGAAAUUGGAGUGGCGGUAUCUACCAGAGUUGGAACCUAAAGAGAGCAAAUGCAAUGGGAGCGAGUGGGAAGACAUAGAUUCGAGAGAUGAGAGCGCUUCUGAUGGAUGUGAAAAUUUGAUGGAUGAGAGAGUUUCCAAGCCUUGGUGGAAGCUUGAUUAGUUUGAUGAUAGGAAGGCAUUACAUUCUGCAGGCCAUCUUCUGUUGCUCUCUGCUUUUCAUUUGAUAUACCGUUUUCUCUUUGUAAAACUGGCCAGCACCCUGCAUUCCUUCUUGCCAUAAAGUGAAUGAUAUAUUAAAGGUAUGUGUUUUCUCAAUUUUAAUUGCGUGCUGUGCCACAACUUUGCAUUGAUGAAAUUUUUAAUGCUUGUUGUGGUUGUCAAGAGUUUUGUUUAUGUAAUUCUCUUUUUGUGGAAAAGGUUACCCAUUUUGUAGCAAAAUUUUCA